AUGGCGACGACUGGAACGGGGGCGCAUGCUGGCGACAGCGACGAUGACCUGAACGACACCUACCCGCACGACGAGGCCGAUCACUCGCAAUUCACCUCGACACAAGCGACCACCCCCACAGACCCCAAACUCUCCCACCAGUCCUUGCCGCUACAGAAGCGCCGCCGAGUCGGCCGCGCCUGCGACGAAUGCCGGAGGAAGAAGAUCAAGUGCGAUGGCAAACAGCCCUGUACCCACUGCACCGUCUACAGCUAUGAGUGUUCGUACGACCAGCCCUCCAACCGCCGCCGCAAUCCCGCCCCGCAAUAUGUCGAAGCCCUCGAAGCCCGCAUGCAAAAGGCCGAGGCCCUGCUCCGAACGGUUCUCCCGAAUGUCAACCUCGAUGACCCAAACCUCAACGUGAAUGCCGCAGAACAUCGCCUCGCUCCCGCACAGAAGGACAAGCAGGCGCCCGCGGGAGCUGCCAAGCCCCAUGGAACGUCCGUGGAGAACGCCCCGGAAGGCGGGGACGAGUCUCUGUUGGAGACGAUGGUCGGGAAUACCGGCUGUCUGGACCGUGAUGAUCAGGGGCACUGGGACUAUCAUGGCCACACCUCGGGAAUCAUCUUCGUCCGUCGCCUGCGCAAACAAAUGGGCGCUGCCGAAGAGCCAGUUGUGCCGUCGAGUCGCCCCAUGACGCAGAUGCUCGGGAGCCCCAAGUCGGUCUCGGUGUCGGACUCGCCCCACGACAGUUCGCUGCCUCCCACCCACGACUUACCCGCUUCACGGGCGGUCGCUCGCCGGUUGUGCCACAAUGCACUGGAAAACGCCUGUUCUCUGAUGUGCUUCGUCAUUGAGCCGUCGUUCUUCGCUAGUCUCGACCGCAUCUAUGAUACGCCCCCGGAGCAAUUUGGAAAUGAAGAGAACUCGUUCCUACCUCUGUUGUACAUUGUCAUGUCUGUCGGAUGCUUAUUUUCGGAUGACGGCGCGGGUACGUUGGAUUUGGCCGGCUAUGAGGGUGCUAUUGGUCAAGGGUUCCAAUUCUUCAAGGCAGGACGGCAGCUGCUCGAGAUAACGGAUUGCCGAGAUCUCACCUCGCUGCAAGCAAUCUGUUUCAUGGUGCUUUUCCUCCAGUCGUCUGCCAAGCUGAGUACCUGCUAUUCCUAUAUUGGUAUCGCGCUUCGUUCCGCGCUGCGAUUGGGUCUCCACCGCAGCGUUGCGGCAGACUUCAACCCAGUCGAGCGAGAGCUGCGGAAGCGCAUCUUCUGGGUGGUUCGUAAAAUGGAUGUCUACGUCAGCACCCUGCUGGGGCUCCCGCAGAUGCUCAGCGACGAUGACAUCGACCAAGAAUACCCGAUGGAAACCGACGGAGAAUUCAUCACUGCAGAGGGUAUCAUUCCGAUGCCCGCGGGUUAUACGCCGCUGAUGGCCGGGUGCAACGCGCACACACGCCUUUGCAAUGUCGUUUUGAAGGUGGUGAAAUACAUCUAUCCAGUGAAGAAUGCGUGCUAUCGGUCCAAGUUUGAUCAGCGCUACAUGGUCAGCCACGCCAAGAUCCGGGAAAUAGAGCGUGACCUCCAGGCCUGGAUGGAGGAACUUCCCCCAGCUCUGCGUCCGGGCACAGAAGUAUCACCACAGCUGGAACGAGUUCGCCAAUUGCUGCGUAUCAGUUACGCGCAUGUACAGAUGGUCAUGUACCGCCCCUUUUUGCACUAUGUAUCGGGAGGCUCUCUAGCCCGUGGCGUUGACAAGCGAUCAUAUGCCUGCGCUGCAGCUUGCGUCAGUGUAUCCCGAAACAUCGUCCAUAUCACGACGGGGAUGCAGAAGCGGGGGCUUCUGAAUGGCUCCUUCUGGUUCACGAUGUACACAACCUACUUUGCCAUUCUUUCCCUCAUUUUCUUUGUCGUCGAGAACCCUGAUUCGCCCACUGCCAAGGACGGCGUCUUGAAGGACGCCAUGGAAGGCAAAAAUACUUUGGCUGGCCUGGCCAAGAAGAGCCUGGCGGCUGACAGAUGCUCCCAGAGCCUGACUUGCCUCUUCAAAACUCUACCGGAGAUGUUGAAGAACCGCCAAAGCUCAAAGACAACGGUUAACCUGAAGCGGCCAGCGCCAUCUAGCUUUUCGGCUGAGCCGGAGUCUACCCAGAAUCCGCCGGGACCAAAUUUGGCUCAUCGCUCUAGCACAUUCCCCGCCCAAAUGAUGGCCCAGCCAACGGCGGUAGAUGCUGCAAGCCGCCGGCAGAAGAGUUUGGACACCCCGUCGGCCUUCACCAACAGACCGACUGACAGCGGCAGCCAGUCCGCUUGGCUGGCGUCAACGCCAGAGCUGCUGACGGAGACCAUGUCCACGCCAGAGCCGGUCUCUGCGAACUCGCUUAAUACCUCAUUCUCCAACCAAGAACAGUCGAGUCUGGCGUGGGCUCAGCAGUUCAACAACCCCAACAACCUGCCAGAUCUCAUGCCUAUGAUGUUCCCAUCCGAUGAUCCAUUCGCGUAUCCCACGCAACCUAUGUCGAAACUGGAAGACGAUCACUUUAGACAUGAUCGCAGCGGGGCCCUGCCGACCCAAUUCCCCUUUGACCCCUCCCCGCAGCAAACCGGAAUGGGAUCAAACACACCGACUGACCCAUCCACCGUGGCCACGCCCAGCUUCGACGCUUUUGCCAACUUCUCCAACUUCCCUGCGAGCACCUCCGCCGCGGUCAAAUCAUCCGUCCCGAGUCGCCUUACCCCUCAACCCAUGAACUCCUCGCGGCUGCACUCGCCAAUUCCGCAGGGCCAGUCUCCUAGCGAAACUCUCAGCAGCCCCGAUCUGGUUUCCAUCCCCAACCAGAACUUUGUAUGGCAAGGAUACAAUUUCCAGCCAACAAACAUCAACACCACCACAUCAGUGCAGCAGGAUACGUCGCCCUCAGCCGGGCCUAACGGGCUGGCCGAUUUCAAUAUGGGUCUAGAUGAAAAUACCAUGGGCAUGAACAUGGACCUGGGCAUCUCCUUUGACGACUUGUUCGGCAACAACGCAAAUUUCCGACCCGGCGCUGGUGCAGGCAGCGACGACUGGAACCAGUGGAUGAACGCCGGGGUUUAG